GUGCUGUGGAUUUUGCAUCUUGACUGCCGUCAGGAGCUGAGUCGCCGAUUUUGAUGUCGAUGGUAACACCUUCGUAUCGCUGAACACGAUGCACCUUUUCUCGUCCUAUGGUUGAUGAGUUAUUCACAAUCUCUUAGGGACGGGGGAAUCUUGCAUAACGACAAGGAUGGAGAAAGCGCACGCGCGCUGUGAUGGACCACCAAGGUGUCGUCUGAUUACCUCAACAACGUUGCUGCUUACUCCCUGUAUUUCAGUCUCUGUUCCAAUCCCAGCGGGAUUGCCUGCGUUCCGGGGUUCUGAGCAAUUGGACCCAACGCGUUUUCGAUGCCGAAGCGCGGUUCGACGCAUCUUCCGCGGCCUCGAAGAGCCCGGACGACUUUUCAUCAGACUCGUGUCUAUAGGACUUGCAAUGCAGCCGAUAGGCGUACUGUUCCUUGGUCUAAGUUUUUUCUCAGACUCGGAGAACAUCAUAUACCGCCAACCGCACAAUGAUGAUCUCAACAUCAAGAAGGCUACCCAGCGCCCCGUUCAGCGGCCCCCGUUGACGCCGCCGCAGAGACAUGUCUGCCAAUCGAAACAGUGGCAUGGGGGUCAAAGUCCGACGGGUUUGCCCUCCGACUCCAUUUCGGCGUUUCUGGCCAGUCUCAAACACCAGCCGCUCUGCAUGAUCACCAUUGAGCAAUACCGAUUAAUUCGAAAACAGGCCGAGACCGCCCGGAGGUUGGGCAUGUCGGUCGGUACGGACUCCAGCGGACCGCUCGGUGGGUGAACAUCUGGCACUUUCCUCUGACCAUGCUAGUGUGCGCUCGUAGUAGAUUUCCCGAUGUGCGGUUGACCUCGCUAGUAACUUAGACGGGUGGACCCGAAUUGAGAGACCAUCCCUCAUCGGUCCGCU